AGCGAGGAGGACUCGGGGCGGUGCGGGCGCUCCAGGUGAGCCGGGCCGGGCCGGGGCCGCCUCUCUCUGCGGGGCCGCGGCUGAUGCAACGGCGGCGGUGCGGGGCGCGGCCCGGCCGCGGCGGCGCGGUGCGGAGCGGGACUGGAUGCGACACCUCGCAGCUGCGGCCCGGCCGGUCGUUUCGCUGCCCCGUACCGAAGGGGCUGGAGCGGCUCGGCUUGGGGGUUGCGGUGGUUGUUCUCUUAUUCUUGGCAGAGAACCAUAAGAUGUUCUGCAGUAGAAUUAAGACGUGAACCAGCAGAUUUUUCUGGGGCUUUGGACCUGAGUUGCGCAGAGAUGAAAUAACGACCACCUUAUAACCUACUCUGUGCCUCACUGUUUGAUAACACCAAUAGUGCUCUCUGUGCUGAAGUGCUAAAAUCAGUGCACCGUGUGAGCAUCCUUCCUUAGCAAGGUCUUCGGAGUUAAGUACAUCUUGAGUUUGAACGGUAGGAAAUUCAGAGCUUGCCCUCAGGAAAGCAGCGUGCGUAUAGAUGCUCUUGGGUACAACACUGAGGCCAAUUUGUAUGAAGUCAUUAAUAGAAGGAUUAUUAUUUUUUUUAUUAUUUUGACAAAACGAGGGGUAAGGCUGCUCCUGGAUGAGAACCAGUUCCACAGGGGGUGGUAAUGACUUCAAAGCCUUCUCAGUUACCUGGUUUUGAAGUGCACCCUCUGCUCUGCACUCACUAAGUGGUGCGAGUCCUGCUAGAAGUGGCACAGAGCACUGUGAGCAGAGCUGGCUAUAGAUCACGUACCAUUAAAACAGGAUGUAACUGCAAGGCAAUACCAGCAUUAAAAUUAGAGCAUCACUCUGAAAUUUUAACACAAGCUUGUUGUGUAUGUCUAAGAGCUUUUAGUCCCAGUGUACACUAGCAAAAGGUGCAGUGAUUUUUUCAGGUUUGUAACAUGUAGCAGCUAACUCUUAAAUGCCACUUGUUUAAUCCUUUACAGUAGGCACUGUGCUGAUAUGUUCAGUUCUGGUGGAGGUGGCCUUUUUGUAAAUGGCCUCUCCCUGAUCCAGGGAAAGCCAGAGGUAUUGCCACGGACAGCACUAUAAAGGCUCUGCACCAAACGUCGCAUGAUGCUGUAUUUUCUUUCCACCUGAAGCUUCAAAAUACCUGCAAAUGUCUGUAUUAAUAAAACCUGUAAAAGUUGUAAGCUCCGUCCUGAAUUUAAGGAACUUUUGUGAUGGUCCCACAGCAGAACUAGACAGCUAAUAGCAUUGGAAAAAAACCCAAACAGCUCUAAGACUGCCAUUAUAAUUCUUAUAACAACAUCUGUGGCUGCAGCGUGUGGGUGAGCUACUUGCCUCAGUGCUGGACGUCAGCUUAAAAGGUUGUUUGUAUUCCAGCAACAAACACAUGGCUGUAAUGGGAUGUGGCAACAAGCUGGUCUCAGUGCCAUGGCUCCAAGAUCUUUUUUCAGGACAGAAUUCUCAGCAAUGCUCUACUUUGCAGAGAUACGUAGAUAGCAGCAUGGGAAGGGGAGACAGGAAAUAUGUGUGAUCUCUUAAGCAACCUGCCUGUGCGUCUACAGCAUACAGCUAUUCCUGAGGGAUACCACGUGAGCCACCACCACAGCACAGCCCUUAAUCUGGCACCUACGGAGAGCUCCAGUCCCUCAGUAAACUGCCAGUGAAGUUACUCUGUCACUGGAAUUGACCUGUAAAAAGUUCAGCAGUCCUGUCAGUCUGCAUUACUCUCUGGAUACUGGCUGCUGACACCAAAUGCAUUCAUAAAGUGAAAAUGCUUGAGAAAAUAUGAUUCCAUCAGUUUAGAAUAUGAAUUCCCUAUUAUACUCAUGAAGCACAGAAACGUUAACACCUUCAUGCUGAAAAAACAAAUGCUACCACAGCAGAGACUAAGCUCCCGUGCACUUGCAUUUCUUGUUUUGGUGUAAGAUUUGAGCUGGCAGUGUUUUCAAGACACCAGUAAACAUGUGUCAUUGUUCCACACUGAGAUCAGCUUUUGGCAUGAGCUCAGGAAUUUGAUUCCUUACGCUAACUGGAAAGCAUCAUCCGAGCUGGCCUCCUGCCUCAGAUGGACAGGGCUCUACCUAUUCAGUGCCUAUGUAUAAAAGAAGCUGGAAUCAACAUUAUAGUGGCGGGGAAAAUGAUGAUGACUCCGACCAGAACUGGAAACCACCAGAAAAUGACCUGAUCCAGAAGUUGGUAGCACAGAUUGAAUAUUAUUUCUCAGAUGAGAACCUUGAGAAAGAUGCCUUCCUUCUAAAGCACGUGAGAAGAAAUAAGAUGGGCUACGUCAGUGUUAAACUCCUCACUUCUUUUAAGAAAGUGAAACACCUUACCCGUGACUGGAGAACCACGACCCAUGCACUGAAGUACUCAGACAUGCUUGAGCUCAAUGAUGAUAACAGAAAGGUUAGAAGAAAAACACCAGUUCCAGUGUUUCCAAGUGAAAACCUCCCUACCAGGAUGUUACUCGUGUAUGAUAUCCACAUGAUUUCUGAACUGCAGGGCCUUAACAAACAAGAAAAUGGAUGUAUACAAGAAAAAGUAAUGGAGUAUCUCCUCAAAGCUUUUGUAACUUUUGGUGUAAUUUCAUCAGUUCGUAUUCUCAAGCCUGGUAGGGAUCUGCCACCUGAUAUCAGGAGGUUCAGCAGUCGGUAUACGCAAAUGGGAACACAAGAAUGUGCAAUUAUAGAAUUUGAAGAAGUAGAUGCUGCUGUACAGGCUCAUGAAUUCAUGUGUGCUGAAAAGAAAGAGACUGGCAUGAAAGUUGUCCUAAUUGGCAUGAAACCUCCAAAGAAAAAAGUUCCUAAAGACAAGAACCACGAUGAAGAUAGCAGCAAGAGUCUUAAGAAGAUUAGGUCCCUUAAUAAGAGAGUUGAGGAACUUCAGUUUACUGGUGAUGAAUCAUCAGCAAAUAGCUCUUCUGAGCCAGAGAGUAAUCCUACAUCACCACUGUCAGGACGCAGAAGUACUGCGACAAGUACUACAAGUAAGUUGAGUCCUGUCAUUCACCCAAACAACCAUCUGAGUCCUAAUGUAUCACCCAGAUCAAGUCCUUGGAACAGUCCAUCCUCUCUAAGAAAAGUGACCAAAAAGUCUCCACUGGCUGAAGACAGCAAACUUAACCUGAGCACUAGUCCUGAAAUUCCAAGAAAAUGUACAGAUUAUUCUUCAGAUAGCAGUAUUACACCUUCUGGUAGUCCUUGGGUACAGAGAAGAAAAGCUCAGACUAUAACACAAGAGAAGAGUCCGGUCAGUAGCCCCAUGUUAGCUCGGAAAAUACAAAAUGCAGAUGGUCUACCUGUAGGGGUGCUGCGACUGCCUAGAGGUCCUGAUGGCACUAAAGGAUUCCACAGUGGCUGUGAAAGAAGGAAAGCUAUGAAGAAUGAUUAAAUCCUUCUUUAACAAUAAUUUCACAAGUCAGUCAAGUUCUUUUGUUCAAGCCUGGUGAAAGACUGUCACUUAAGUGACUGAGUUGAGUCAGUAUUUAAUUUUUAAACAUUUUAUAUUCAUAUGGAGACUUCAUCAUUUGUAUAUUUGUAUUUUCACUUCAUAGAAUCACUGAAUAGUUAAGAUUGGAAGGCACUGCUGGAGAUUAUCCAGCGCACCUCUCCUGUUCAAGCAGUCAGCUUCAUCAGGUCACUGAGCACCACAGUUGGGUUCUGAGCAUCUGCAAGCUCUCUGGGUAACACAUUCCAGCAUUCAAACACCCCCCCACACACAAAAAAAUGUUUCCUUAUGUUCAGAUAGAAUUUCCUGUAUUCAGUUUGUGCCUCCCCCCUCCCCCCCCUUUUUUUUUUUAAACUGGGGAGAGCCUGGCUACAUCUUCAUUCCCUCCCUAAAUUCAUUGUUCAGAUCUCCCUGAGCCUUUUCCGGUCUAAACAGCUUCAUCUUUCUCAUCCUCUCAUAUGAGAGAUACUUUCACCAUUUAUGCGCUUACCUACUGCAGUACCCUUAUCUGCAUUUUUUCUGUGUUCAUUUGAAAUGCCUGAAUACUGAAGCAGGCAUCUUAAGAUCAUUAACACAAUUACAUUAUUUGCAAACCUGAAGAGCAAGUGUGUCAAUGUUUACUGUUCAGCGGUUGUAUUACAAUAAGCUUGGUAUGAAUUCCUCUUAAAUCCUAACUAACAAAGUUUUGAAGACUUUCUGGGUUUGUCUCUGAGAAAUGUGCUACAGUGAGCAGUUGCUCUCUGCUUGCACGUAUCUCCCAAGUCACUUGUUUAAUAGGACCAAAGUGCUUGUUUUCCUGUGAUGUGAAGACUGAGCAUUGAAGACUGUUUUAUAAGUUUUAUCUCAUGUAAUCAGAUGGAAAUAAACUAAAUAUUAACUCAGUCUAAACCUAUUUCUUUCACUUCAAAAAUAAGAAAUUCUAGAAAUAUUUACUCAGAAUUUACAGUGCAUUCAGUAAAUUGCCCCCUCCCCCCUACUUAUUAUUUCAGUGGUAAUACUUCACACUGUAAAUAAUUGCAGCAACACACUGCCAGAAACUGAUUUACAGAAACACAUCAGUUCUGUGUAUCAUUGUUCAGGCACCCAAAUGUAUUAUACUAAUGUUUUCCUUUGACUCCACACAAAUGGAAUCCCCCAAGUUGACUCCUGACUUUGAUUACUGGCAGAAGCAUUGUAAAAUACAUAUUAUAUGUUAUAAGUAUAUAUAUAUAUAAAAUAAAACAAUAUGGGUUUUU